GUCUUUCGAUGAUUUUUCGAAAAAACUAUUUUCUUUUUGAAUUUUUCUCGAGAGAAACUCUUAUUUUCAGAUUUUGUAUCCGUUCAGCCCUUUAUACGGGUAAUGCCAAGUCCAAUCUACGUCAUAUGGAUCGAUGGAUAUGAUGCAUCCUUAAAAGUCAUGAUUAUUAUCGUAAUGUUAAGUUAGACAAAAAAGACUGUCUUACUUAAAAGUAUUGUAACAACUAUAAUUUUUUGAAAAAUCUUAAAAAGUAUAAAAAGCAAAAAAAGAAAAAAAACAAUAAGGCAGUGAUUCCGUGCGACUUGGUCCACCUUCGAGUCUGUCACCCACUCCGACCUUUUACACGUGCGCCCAUCCCGCCGCCAAAUCCGCAACUACCCAUCCUCUCUCUCUAUCCGACUCGGUGUCUUCUAACGCUCGCCUCCUCUCCCUCCUCCACCACCUCGACGUGAUUGCCUAGUUCAAGUAGCAACAGCACCACUUGCGGUGGCGGCGGCGGCGGCGGAAGAAGGAGACGGAGGAGAUGACGGUGAAGGGGGGGACGAACCAGUCAUGCGCGGCAUGCAAGUACCAGCGGCGGAGAUGUGCGGCGGAUUGUCCCCUCGCCGCCUACUUCCCGGCCGACCAGCCGAAGCAGUUCCUGAACUGCCACCGCCUGUUCGGCGUCAGCAACAUCCUCAAGAUCAUUAACCGCCUCGACCCGCCGCAGCAGGCCGAGGCCAUGAAGUCCAUCAUCUACGAGGCCAACAUCCGCGACCGCGACCCCGUUCAUGGCUGCCUCGGCCUCAUCUGCUCCCUGCACCUGCAUAUCCACCACUUGGAGCAGGAGCUCGAGGCCACCAACAGUCAGCUCCUGCUCCACCGCCACCACCAGCUCGCCGCCUCCUCCUCCUCCUCUUCCUCUUCUACCAUGAUCGAUGGCGCCGCCAGCUACCUUCUCCUCGACAACGGCGUCUCCAUCGUCGAGAGCUGCAGCAUCGCCGACAACAACGACAUCAACAUGAAGGCGGCGGAACGUUUCUGGGCUCACCAUUCUUCCGCCCUGCAUGCCCCGAUGGACGAUGAGAUCUCACCCUCCUCGGACGCCAUAGACGAAGAUGGAGCCUACGAAUCAUGCUCCGAGUCUCCGCUCAAGGACACGAUGCACUCGGCGAUGGCUCACGUCUCACGGAACGAACUCAAGAGCGCCGCCGCUUGCUUCACUCUCACCAGCGCCGUCAACUGAGGGCCACCUCCCGGGCUUCCAAUUGCUUCACUGUAAUCUUCUUCGCCACCCAUGUAUCAUAUAAUCUCUGCUAAUAAUACCCGGCGAUGUUGGAUUUCCGCAGCACAUAUUAGCAUGGAGUUGAGGUUUGUGAUGAAUAAAGCGAUUCUUUUGCUAGGGUAGUACGUAGUUUUUUUUGCUUCACUUACUACCAUAACACACAGAAGAACUAAUCCUUGUGGGAAUCAUAUUUCUUUUUCCCUGCAAUUUUGUUGACAUUUUGAGUGAAAAGGUAUCGUAAAGUUUGAUUAAUAAGGAAAAAAUGAUCUGAUUACUUGCUAGUUCAAAGUUGCUUAGAUUUUACAUGGAACAUCCUGUCAAUUUAGCCACCAAAGAUAGUUCAUAUCCAUGUAUUCCAUGCUCCAUUUCUGUAAACAUUAGGUUAACGAAUUUGUCAUCUCUGUAUCGAGCAUGAAGACAUAACAAUGAUUGCUGCAUUCAUGCAAUGAGCAUGAAGAAAUAAUAAGAAUUAGAUUCAUGAUUUUAUUCUGAUGUUAAGAGGUUGUAAAAGAAAGGCAAUCUCUUAACCAAACAUGAACAGAGGAGAAAGUCUGCUGCUGCUGCUGCUGUUGCUCAUAUUAAUCGACUGUCGAGAAUAAGGUUGUCUUCAAACCUCUAUCUCUUUCUCUCUUUCUUUCUUUCUGAAUACUCCUCUUUCUCUUUCUUUCUCUAUAUAUGUAUUAGUUGUCUUCUCUCAUUUUCUGAAAGUAGUGGGAAAUUUAGUUGAAAUAUUCAACGUAUUAUUAUCUUUUUACCGCAGAGUAUGGUGCAAUGAUUUCAUAUUCAUAUCAGGCAAAACAAAGAGCGGCCGUCAUUUUCCGAAAUAUAACGUCUCCAUCGGGAAGAAAAGAAAGCAGCAGACAGCAGACUGAUAUGAACGACCGACAUAAAAUGGGGGAUUACUUCUUCUUCUUCUCCGUGUUUCUCUACUUCGCUCCUUC